UUCGCCUAAUUAUUAAUUUUGUCAAGGAAAAACUGCUGAAAAUGGUUUGGGUAAACAAACCUUACUUAAAGCGCUUCAAGCCGCUGCCCGCGGUAAAUUGUAAGAAGCCAAAACCGAUGGAACCACUACAGUUGGGCGAAACUCUUUUUGAAGAUAUAAAAUACCCUAUUCAUUAUGUCGCGGGCUCAGGAAUGGAACCGGAGGAUUUGGAAACAGCCUGGGCAAUGCCUUCUCCAAGGACGCCAACUGAGGAGGAGGUGCUGAAGAUAUAUGAAGAUGUGUCCGUACUGGGGGACAUAGAGCGUUUCCUGAAGAUAGUGUACAAGCCCUUUUAUUGCUACGCCAUGACUGAGAGCAAGUUUAAUCUCGAGGAACUGGAGCUCCUUAUGGACAAUGCCAGAUUUGAACGCGACAAACAAAUGGCUGUGUUUGUCACCCGCUACUCGCCGAUUUGCAGCCUGAAGAUCUAUCCCAAUGGCAAAGUGUACUGCCAUGCCUAUAGUCGUGAGGGCACCAGAACUGGUCUGAUAAAGAUCAUUCGAGAGCUUCGAGAAAUUGGCUAUGCUCCUCGCUGGCGCCGUCUCAAGUUCAAUGUGGUCAACGCCACCUUCAGUGUGCCCUUCCAUCUGAAUCUCUGGCAGUUUCACUCGCAGAAUAAAAGGGAUACCAAAUACGAUCCCCUGAAGCUGCCAUUUCUCACCUACAAGAUGGUGGGCACAAUGGUAAAAAUGGCCAUCUUCCCCACGGGCUACGUAUUCGUGAUGUUCGCCACCACUCGAGGCUACACCAAGCUGGCCAUCGCCCACGUUCUGCCAAUCCUCUACGGCGUGAAGGAUGAGGAGCAGGAUCAUAGCGAAAUAGAGCUGAACAUGGGCGAUAUCGACUACAAAGUGAUUUGGGAGAAGUUCUUCCAGAACGAGUAUGACCUCUCCAUUGACUGGUAAAUCACCCAAAACGCACUGUAUAUCUAUAAGGUCUGCUGCGACCUAGGCAAAUAUAAACUUUAUGUUUUCUUGACC